CAUUCAUCAUCGUCUUCGUCGUCUUUCUUCCCCAAAUGUGGCUGUCUGGUCUGCGCCAAUCAAUCGCACUAUUAUUAUUCAAUUAAAAAGGAAAGGAGAGUGGGAAACGCGAUAAAGGAAAAGAAAAUGGGGGAGGCUCAACCAGAAGGAACCUUUUUUUGUUCAUUCCCCAUGUUAUGCAAUUCAAUUUUCUCCCUCCUCUGGAUAUUUUUCUCUCUCCCAUUAGCUUCGGCACUAAGAAAUUAUGUAGUCGGAGAAAUUUUAGGGAUUCGGAUUUCGUGAAACCAAGAAGUUAAGUAAUCAGAGGCUCCUCUCCAGACACUCCCGCCGGCUGGUUCCCCGGUUCCCGAUCCUCCCUACUCCAACUCCGAGAUCCUUCCACCUGCUGGCUUUCACUUGGUUAGCUACCUGCCGCCUUUUCUUUUGGUCUGGUCAUUCAUUUCCUUCCAUAAUUGAACUUAAAGUUGGGACCUUUUCUUUCGUACGUUCGAGUCGUCUGAGCUCGGUCCCCAGCUCCACAUGGAGAAAUAAGGCCACUCAUCGAUGAAUUGCCAAAAUUAGCAUUUGGGUUUCGUUUCUCGGCUUUCUUUACCAGAGUUUUGGGUCUAAAUAUCACUCAGCGAAUUGGAUUCUUCAGGUGAAUUUUGAAGAACCCUUGAAGUUUUGUGUUGCCAUUCGAGCUGGUUGCCGGGUAGGUUCUGGUAUUGGGAAUGUCUAAUCCGACUGCACGAUCAUCCCACGGGAAGGAGGAAAUGUCUGAAAGUGGGACGGGACAGCAGCCGUUUCAGUCUCAAUCUGCAUGGAUAGCUCAUUGGAUGCCUAGGAAUUAUGGGUUGGCAAAUGGAGCGCCACAACCCACUCCAUUAUCAGCAAGUACUGAGGUCAGUGAAGAGGACAGCCCUGGCGUGAAGUUCAAUCCUCUGCUUAAUUGGCGUGAGAACGUGGGAAAGCGCAAAAUGGUGGAUUCUGUGAAGGGGAGUACGACAUUGGGUUUGGAACGGUUUAGGAAUGAACCUUCUGAAGGCCAGCCUUCUUUGAUGCUAGGUUGUUCUCGGGAGCUUGAGGUUGAUCUGCCUCCAACUAAAAAGAGGUUUGAUAGUGCACAUGUAUCAAGCCCCGUACCUAGACUGGAUCCUUCAACGAGUAGAGUGGAGAUCAAGUUACCUGGAUCAACUCCGUGGUUUACUACUAGCCAAAUGGAAACUCGAUCAAGUGGACAAAAGCCUCAGAAGUGUAGUAAUGGACUUUCAGAGAAGUAUGGGUUCGGUCUUUCUAUACGUUCAGAUGCCUACUUUCCUGGCACCACUUCUCAGAUUGUUCCGUUUGAGUUUGACAGACAAAGGAGUAGGUCACAAUCUUCUUCCCGCGAGCAGGAGAAUUUGAAUCGACCAAGCAGUUCUUUUUGGGAUCACAUGAAGAAAAUGGAUCCUGAUGGUACUCUUUUAGUUCAUGACACCUCUAUCAGCAAGAAUGAGGGAAGAGGCUUUGUUGCUGAACCAUUCCUCAAGAUGCCUCAGAAUUCUGAUUCUGGAUAUUUUAGCUUCCGGAAUAGGCCCCCUGUACCAGGAACGCCCUCUUCUUCUGUGCAUGAUGUACAGGCUAUGAGAGUACAUACUACUAUCGAUUCUGUAACCGAUUUUUCUGCCAGUUGCUCAAAGUUUUUACAUACAACUCACCGCUUCUUCAUCACAAAGAAUACUGAUCUGACCUUACCAGAUGAAGGUCAGAUGUUCCACCAGCCAUCAAUAUUUACAAAGUUCAAAGGAAAAGCAUUAGAUGAAUCAUUUGGUUUAGCACCGGACUAUUGCUCCCAUGGUAACCAAGGAGUGAAGCUGCAACCACUUGAGAGUUCUAGAGAAAGCAAGGGACAAGAAGAAAGUGAGAAUGUCAAGAAUUCUGUACCUGGUUCAAAGAAAGGAUCGUCUUUUGAGAACAAGACUAUGGGCAUGGAUGCUUUUGGACAAAACCAUGUCCUUGGUUUGGGAUCGCCUCCAUCGAGUAAGGACAUGAACGGUGGGCAAAAAUCACCUAUAUCUCAAGAUGCAAUGAUUGCUUCAGUCAGCCAAGAAGUUAGAGGUAGAACCUUAGAAACACAGUUGCCCGAUAUCAACGAAGUAUUCCAUGUGCUUCCGGAUGUGCCAGGGACAGCAGAUGGUACUAAGCAGACAAGCACCUCAAUAACCCAAAGUUUGGAUGGUGACUGCUGGCCUCUCCUUGCUGACAACCCCACAAAUUGGAAGUCUAGUGCUUUACCAGACCCGGUGGGCCUGGAUCCUUGCAGGCGAUGGGUUAAACGUCUAAAGCCAAGUGCGUCAUCAGAUCUUGUUGCCUGUAACUUGGCGGAAGCCUCCAAUAAAAAAGCGACAAGAAUCUUCAGCAAAAUGCUCAAAUGUGGUCAGGCAAGUUCAGAACCAAAGAAGAUAAGCGAGCCUCAUUGUGAAGAUCUUCGUGGUAAUGACUGUCCAACAGAGUUAGUAAGGAAAACUGAAGCUUCUUUCGCUAACUCCGAGGGGAAAACACUAGACGCAAUCCACUCACAUCCUUGGAUACGACGGUGGUGUCACGGUCCAGUUACUUCUCUUGCAAGGAAGCCCGAUUGUGUGAUGUCUAGUGAAUCACGAGCUGCUAAGUGGGGAGCAGCAGAUGACUUGCCUCGGAAGCAGUUUGCAAGCAUAGCUGCUAUGGCACUCAUGGGAAAGGCUAUGACCGGUUUUCGUCCAUGUGAAUUCAGGAAACGGGGUUCUCUCGUACUUUGGAGUAACAAGGGCUAUUGAGAUGAGCCGCCUCCAAAAGGUAGACUAGAUAUUAUGGAAUAAAACGUGUAAGCUGACCAGUUUGCAGACCCUUGCCAGUUCUCUCUUGUGGCUUGUGGGUCAAUGAUGCUGUCAAUUGGAAGACAUUAUUGACUUCAGGAUUGGCUCUUUAUAGUACUCUAAAGAGAACCAGUGAAGUUCAGUUAUGGGGUUAACAAAAGGGCGGGGAAAGGUACAGUCUUUCUGUAAUGAAUUUCCCAUUCCACUCCCUGAAUCUGAAUUUUGUUAGGCACCCAUGAUGUUUUGGAUCAGCGAUCAGAAAUUCUGUAUCAGUCGAUUUCUUAUAAAUUCAAGCCGCAGGUAUACUUCUGCUGGUUUACAAGAAUAAAUGACUUGGAAAGUUCAACUGAAGUCCAUGGAAUCUCAUGAAAUCGCUUCUCAUUUCUCUCCUACUUUUCCUGCUUGCUCUAGCUGUUUAAGAUGCACUGUCAGUUGUUGCUUUGAUAAGUCUCCUGGCAACCAGCUUGCUCAAGCGCUUCUCAUUUCUCUCCUACUUUUCCUGCUUGCUCUAGAUUUUUAAGAUGCACUGUCAGUUGUUGCUUUGAUAAGUCUACUGGAAGAAGAUUGAUGGUCACAAAUAACAGCGCCAUUCUUCUCCUGACAACCAGCUUGCUCAAGCGCAAACUCAAAGAACCCUUCUCCUUGAAAGCUUGAAUCCAUGCCUGGUGGAGCAAACUGAACAAUGACAUCCCGAGACAGGAGAAUCCCAGUGGGCCGCAUCGAUUGAUCAACAAUGAAGCUGAAACUGCUGUUUGUCUCAGAUAACUUCAUCAUCUCCUGCUUCAGGGUGUCACUUCUCUUGUUGGCAACUACUGAAUCCAUCUUUGGUAGAAAGUUGUUCUUCAGUUUCAGCGUUCCGGCCGAAAGCAACGCUCCUAAGUCUCUCUGAAUGGUAGGAUCACAAUCUGCAUUCUCAUUUCUUUCUGUAUGAAUGAACUCCUCUGCUGUUAUGCUCCUGUGAAUUUUACAAGUUAAAAAAAGCUUUGCUUGAACUCUGUUCCACCUGUGGUGAAAGAGAUAAGUGGGGAAAACUAAACCUACUUCCUGUUGCUGAAUAGGUCAUCAUUCUCUAAAAGGAGAUAGACGUCACUGUUCCUGAUGCAGCCAAUGACCUUCUCAUUUGCUCGGCUCACUACAGCGAUGACACCGAUUUGUGUUCCCCAUAGUAGGUGAAGAGCUUCCGUUAAGCUUUGGUCUCCAUACACAGUGACCAGAUGCUCUUCUCUGUGAAAACAACAGCUCUAAUUCAAUGGCAUCAAGAAGGGGGAAAUGUAAAUCUCGAGUGUGGUGGGCGUAAUACCGGCAGUAGUCUGAUAACGGCUUGUCAGCAAUGGCGUCGAACCAUUCGAGCCCGGUUGAUUGAAGCAGCAAGUGGAUCACUGCAUUUUGCCAAACACUUAUAAUCAACCAAUUAAUCAGGAAAAUAUUGGAUGAAGGAAAUUAGAGAAAAAACAAGGAAGGGCCUUUUCAGUGACCUUGGUGACAAAGCCUAUGACUUGAAGUUCAGACUCCUCUACAACGGGAACAGCUUGGAGCUGGUGCUUGCAAAGAAGCAGAAGGACAUGAAACAGAGUAUCCUCCGGAUGAACUGGGAAAAACGGAUCCCAAAGAAAUGACUUUGCAAGCUCUCCCACCUUCGUGUCUGCGAUUUCAGGAUUCUUGUGGAGCAUUGUAGAAAUGCUGUCGAAAUCAGUGGUGGGUUUGGCGUGAAGCUUUUCGGAUUUAUGGAGACACCAAAGAAGCAUCCUGGCGAAAUCAAUGAAACCCAUGUAGCGAUCGGAAGCCCUGUCGGUGAUGUUUUCAGGGUCGCUGGAGUCGGCGAUUGGAGCGCCGAACACGUUCUUCCGAUACAAGAUAUCCAGCGCUUGUUUCACCGUGUCUCCAGCUUUCACCUCCGAAACUGAGAAAUCAAAAGGAUUGAGAUAAUCACCAUCGUUGUGUUCAUUGUGGUAGUAGUAGGAGGAAGUUAGUUAGUUACCAGGAGAGUUUUGAAUUCCAGGGAUGGAACUGAUGGGAAUGUGAUCGAGAAAUGACUGAAGGGCGGCCCCUGAAUCGAGCUGUUGAGUCUGUUUGAGAUCUGUGAUGAAGUUGGAAUCCACUGCGCUUGGGGCAUCUGGGUUCUUGAUUCCGUGGUUUUCUGGAACCUCCAUCAUCUUCUUUGCUUCCUGCAUUUGUGUGUUCUUUUUUCCUGGUCGGUUCUGUUCUGUUUUCUGGGAUCAUAUCUAGUUAGGUCCUCCUGACACUGGAAUUGGAUAGAAUGUUGGAAUUGGUGAGCACAUGGAUGGUUGAUUUAACGAUUGAAAAUACAUAUGUGAUUGCACUAUGAUCCUUCAGAAAGGAACUAGUCAGAGGUUUUGGGCAACAACAGUAGUCUGCAAAGUUUGCAUAUUCAAGAACCUUUUAUUAACCAUAUCCAUCUGAAAUUACAUAAUAAGAGGGGAUAGUUCAAGCUGAUGCAGUCCUGUAUGUUAUUUAUGUUUCAUAUAUCCAUAAACA